AUGGCUUCAACCACCACCAUUCCCAACAAAGCUAUUCUCGCUCACUUCAACCCCACCAAUUCGCUUAAUCACAGAUGCUGCUUCAAAGAUUCUUCAUUUCCUCACACCUUUUCCGCUUCAUCAUCAAUCUUUCGCGGCAGAAUUGUUCUGAGGAGAGCUGUUUUUGGAAUAAAAGGAUUCUGGGUACCAAAGACUGUGAAGAACUUGAUUGAACCUUCGGCUUUCAAAAAGAGCCAUAGUGAUGGAGGACUUCGAGGUCUCGAACAAGAAACUUGUCUUGACGGGUCAUCCGAGUCGAUUCCUUCAACGUUUGUGUUCCGCAGGAUGGAAUCAAUCAUCAAUAGACUGAGCAAGUGGAUGACAACUAUUAUAUUUAAUGCGUACAUUCUAUGGAGGCAUGAUGCAGAAACCCUUUGGUUUGCACUAGGAUGUGCUUUAAAUAUGAUGCUCUCGGUGGAGCUGAAGCAAAUACUGAACCAGGAAAGACCUUCUACCCUCAAAUGUGACCCUGGGAUGCCCUCUUCUCACGCCCAAACUUUCUACUUCAUUGCCAUGUUCGCCAUUUUGUCGUGUAUCAAAUGGGCAGGGAUGAAUGAAUUCACCAUCACAGUCAGCGGACUGACACUGGCAUUUGGAUCUUAUUUUUCAUACCUACGAGUGUCGCAGCAGUUUCACACAGUAAGCCAGGUGGUGGUGGGCGGAGGCAUUGGGAUGGUAUUCAGUUGGUCAUGGUUUUGGCUUUGGAAUACUUUGGUGGCCAGUGCGAUUGAAUCCUUCUUCCCUCUUAAACUCACCCUUUUUUCUGUCUCACCCGCAAUCUGCUUGGCUUAUACUUUAUAUUCCAUUCUCCAAUGGCUGCAACGACGAGCCUAAAGGUUCCUCCGUUAUUUCUUAUCUCUCUUCACAGUAUUUUGCACCAUGUUUCAUCUAAUUAGCUUAUUCAUGGCAGACUUCAACUGCUAAUUAAUCUGGUAAAUUGUAAAAAGUAUUAAUGAAAAGUCAUUCACUA